AGACAGAGAGGAAGAGAGAGGAGUGCAGGUAGAGGGGAGGGAGCUGUGGCCAGACGGGCUUUGGGGUCUCUUAGCCUGGCUCAUGUCUCUGUUACCGUCUCCGUUUCGCUCCUUCUUUAAAAUGGCCGGAGACCAGGAGCUGAUCAGCGCUUCGGAGUUUAUCACAGAUCGAUUAUAUUUCGCAACUCUGAGAAACAAGCCCAAAAGCACGGUGAACACACACUACUUCUGCACCGACGAUGAGUUUGUUUAUGAAAAUUUCUAUGCAGAUUUUGGACCACUCAACUUGGCAAUGCUCUAUCGGUACGGCUGCAAACUCAACAAGAAAUUAAAAUCAUUUACUUUAUCAAGAAAGAAGAUUGUGCACUACACCAGCUUUGACCAGAAGAAGCGAGCCAACGCGGCCUUCCUGAUCGGUGCCUACGCUGUUAUUUUCCUGAAGAAAUCCCCAGAGGAAGCGUACCGUUCGCUGGUCGCUGGCAAGAAUCCCCCAUAUCUGCCGUUCAGGGACGCCUCCUUCGGAAACUGUACCUACAACCUGACCAUCCUCGACUGUUUACAUGGCAUCAACAAGGCUCUGCAGCACAGCUUUCUGGAUUAUGAAUCUUUUGACGUGGACGAAUACGAGCAUUAUGAGCGGGUGGAGAAUGGAGAUUUUAACUGGAUCAUCCCAAAGAAGUUCCUGGCAUUCAGUGGGCCACAUCCCAAAAGCAAAAUUGACAAUGGUUACCCUCUCCACGCGCCCGAGGCCUAUUUUCCCUAUUUCAGGAAGCACGGUGUCACCACGAUCAUCCGGCUAAACAAGAAGAUUUACGAUGCUAAACGCUUCUUAGACGCAGGGUUCGAACACUAUGACCUAUUUUUUAUUGAUGGAAGCACACCGAGUGACUCUAUAGUGAAAAGGUUUUUGAGCAUAUGUGAGAAUACAGACGGGGCUAUCGCUGUGCAUUGCAAAGCUGGUUUAGGGAGGACGGGCACGCUGGUGGCCUGUUACAUAAUGAAACAUUACAGAUUCACCGCGGCUGAAGCCAUCGCCUGGAUCAGGAUCUGCCGCCCGGGAUCCAUCAUAGGCCCACAGCAGCACUUCCUGGAGGAGAAACAAGGCUGCAUGUGGCUGGAAGGCGAUAUCUACCGAUCCCUGAAAAAACACAAAUGUACAGAUAAAGAUUGCAUGGGAUUGUCUCGCAUCAUCUCCAGUAUCGAUGCUCUCUCUCUCGGUGGUAACCUUUAUAAAACAGGAGAGAAUGAUUACGAAGAAGAUGGAGGCACGGUAAUAAAAACCUACAUGACACAGGGAGAUAAGUUGCGUGCCUUAAAGAGCAGGAGACAGCCACGCUCAGCAACAACAGGGGCUCUCAGGCUGGAUGAUAUGAAAAUUCACACAAGAUCUCCAACUCAGCCAUUCAGAAUCAAUUCCUCAAGUCUCCAGGGAUCCAUGUCCCCACUGAAAUCCUCCAAGGUCACAGCGAUGACCUUUGCCAGCCCAAAGCGGAUCGGCCGGAAUGCCACAGCCGUGAACGGCAAUCUGAAGAGCUUCACCAUCAACACCAGACUAGGCAAUUCCCUCGGCAAUAUCUAUGCUGCCCCUGAGGAAGCCGAGAUCUCGGGCACCUCAGUUCCCAGGACAGGUUUUACAAUGAACAACGCCUCGGCCAGGUAUUACCAGGAGCUGAACAACAACUAUCACAGCAAGCACAGUGGGGGCUCCAGAGCCCACGUGGGCUCACACACCAGCCCAAAGGAUGAACACAGCUAUCGAUCCACCUACAGCGGCCUCAGCCCCGCCACCAUGCGCUACCUGAGCCGCUCAAACCCCUCACUGCAGUCUGAGCAUGUUCAGUACUAACCUUCGCUGAGCGGGAAACAACAACAACAACAAAUUACAUUGUAUAGCGCCUUUCACGCAUGGGAACUGUUCUGGCCGAAGACACAGAGGGAAGUGAAGUGAAGAAUGUUCUACUUGUUCUAGAAACUCUCCGACCCUUGAUGACCAGUUUCCCCAGGAUUGUGAAGGGUUAUUAAGUCACCCAUUUGAUUGACAGUAUUUGUAUCCUGUAUCGGGACCUUUUUAAAUCAAAAGUAUCACUAUUCCAGAAGAUUCACGGCAUAAUUGGUUCUUGAUUCUAGCUAUGUUAUUUGCCCUGUUGUGAGAAUGGAACCAGCAUUUUACUAAGCAAUACGCCAGACACACUGGAAUAGCUACAAAUCAGGAAGUAGCGUAUAGUUUUAGAUAUGAAUAUAUAUUAUACAUAAAUUAUGUGACCUUCACAAUAAACGGUAAGAGACUUUGAGAAUAUUUAACCCUCUGGAAUUCUACAUUGGGGAGCUUUUUGCACUACUGACUGAGAGGGCAGGGCGUUGGGGCAGAGGGUGGGGGCACAGGUGAGGCCGUAGUGACUUGUUCCCCCAACUGGAGCAAUGCCAUUGCAAUCUCCCAGCCCGUCCUUGUUUAAGUGAGGAAUGUCACCAGCUCCUGCGAAUGGGAGCAGCACUGAGUACCCCAGCCAUGGUAAAAAUUAUGGUAACUGCUCAGGAACCUCCCGCGCUAUGUAGGAACCCACAAUGGUUCUGGAGAGAGAGGAAAAGGUAUUAGUGCUGGCGCUAGAGAGAGAGGAAGGAGGUUAUUAUUUGGAAUUAAACUGAAUUUGGAGCCAUAAGCAAUAAGUUAGGAGAAAUGCUCCCUAUGGCUUCCUCAAAUUUGUUACUUUACAAAAAUCACAGAAAACAAAACUGAUGAGUUAUGGUAAAUCCUAAUGUUAAACAGGGGUUUUACCACAGUAGUUGUUUGGGACCAAUUUUCAUUUAAAAAAAAGUUUUGCAUCUCAGAUUGUAACAUUUGUGCUGCACAUUUAUUGUGAUUCACACAAUUUGACUUCAGUGUGUAAAGUCUAGACAGAAAUCCUUUUAUGUUUAAAGACCAGAUUUGUAAAAGUUAUUUUUCACAUGAAUAGAUUGAUGUGUUUAUUGUCGUCACACUGUGAUAUAUCGCACUGUGUAAAAGCACCCCUCUUGUUCCCCGGGUGAUGAUGGUGUUGAGACAUUCAGGAGCUGUCUCCACAUGUCAUUGCCAGGCUUUCCCUCUCAUCUGAAUUUUACCAGCAAUUUAAGUGUGUAAUAUGAUAACAAUACUUUAUAUAUGUUUUUAAAAAAAUAUUUUUCAAUAAUCGAAUGCUUAAAUAACAUGACUUAUGUCUGUAUUCAGAAAUUAUAUAGCAUUAAUUAAAAAACCAAGAACAAAAUGUAAAAUGAACAUACCUGAAGUAAUCUGGCAUUUAAACCCAGAUGUUGUAAGCUUUGAUUUUUAUUUAUAUAUAUAUGUGUCUAUCUGUAUAUGUGUGUGUGUGUAUAUAUAUAUAUUCAAAAGUUUAAUGGAUAAUCUGUUAAUGAACUCAGAAAUAUUGUUUGUAGUGUUCUCUCUAUUUCUGUGAGAAACUUUUAAUACAAUUGCUUUAACUAUUGAAUUAUUGUUCAAGAGUUUUUAGUGUGACAUUGUGUAGGGAGAUUUACUCCCUGUUUUACUGUAGGGAGAAGGUCGCACUGAGCAGUCAGCAAGUGUAGCCACGACUACCUCCUCAAUAAGAUACUUAGAGACAUUAAAAAAAAGCACAUCUAUUUUUGAUGCUGUGUACAAGGCAAGUUUUUACAAAUGUUUGUGCUCAGACUUGCUAUCUCUAGGCCUUGAUUGUAUUUAAAUAAUUAAAGCUUCAUGUCA